AUGCUUCGACGUACUAUAAUACUUCUCUCGGUAAUCGUUCUGGUGUGUGGCGAAAUCUCCAAUAUAGGAGAUUUACCUAAGAAGGGACGGAUGAUCGGCGUAGAAACUAUACAUGAAGCCAAGAUCGAUAAGGACACUGUGGUGAAUCGGAACUUGGCGAUGCAAAGGAAAAGUCACGAUAGAAAUGUGUACCACCGCAAAAAAGACGAAGAUCGCGAACCGGAUUGGUCGUAUAGCAGCAUACCGAAAGAAGUAUCGGCCCAUGUCGAAAAGUUCAAACGAAACAUGACGGAAUGUCUCAAGGAGGUUCAAGCUAACGACAAGAGACCCGUUAGACGUAUGUCUCCUAAGACCGAAUCACCGGUCCACGGCGAGUGCCUGAUUGCUUGCGUGUUCAAACGUAACGGAGUCAUCGAUGGAGGAAAGAUAAAUAAAGCGAAUUUGCUCACACUGGUAAACAAAUUCUACGCUAAAGACACGAAGCUGAUGAAGAAACUGGAGAAAAACGUCGAUCGCUGCAUCGAAACAAGCAUCAGCAACAAGGAUGAAUGCUUAUUGGCAGCACGACUUAACGAGUGUACCAACGACUUGAUGGCAAGCAACAAACGUAAAAUAGUUGUCAACUACAAAUGA